AUGUCACUCAAGCGUCAUAAAAGACUGAGUAGCAAGAAGAAAAAAUCUCCAAAGGAUAAUCUCCAGGCAGAGGUUCUGCAUGAGCUCGGCUUGGAGGCCUACCAGACUAUACCACUGGAUGUCUCAUCAAUGCUAGAUAUUAUCACUUGGACUCUGGGGAACCAAUCUCCUCUAGAACCCUCUGAUCUACCAAAAGCUUUCCUCCAGUGCCUUUGGCUGCUCAGGCAAGAUGCCCGGACUCCUUGGUGUGAGUCUCUUCAUAAUCUUGUUACAAACGAUGACAACAAUUCUACCAGGAAGGUGCUCAGUAGUUUUAAAGGAGAUAGCCAGGGUGCCAUCAACCCGCUUGAUCUAAUCACAGCUGUCUAUAUGUCUGCUAGUACCUUUCUUCAGCAAGAGAUCUCCAAACGGAUGAUGCAGUGCCAAUUUUCUAUACCACUGGUCCUUCCAAACAAAGAUCCAGAAGAGCCUAGUUGCUUCCUUCUUUGGCCUUUAAGAGGGAUUGUGGGCCAGUGGAGAUCUCACCCCCUAAAUAAAUACAGGCGAAUCCAAGAGGGGGAUUUGGCAACCACAUGCAUGCCAUUAGUUUCAUUUGUCAGGCUUGGUUGUUGCAGUGUAUCCAAGUCACAGGUGCUAAACCAUAUGUUACGUGGAGUCACAUCUUCCUGUCAGACAUUUCUCCACAGGGGGAUGGAAGGAGGGCAGCUGCCCAAAAGGCUUUCGGGUGGCCUGGUAGAAAUUGGAUGGCAUCUACCCACUGGAGAUAGCACCAAAGAUGUCUUCCCAGUCCCUUUGGUCUUCUCCAAUCUGCGGGGUGAUGCCAGUGUGCAUGAGAAAUGCCUUACCUUUUUAUGCAAGGCAUCUUCAGCUAUAGUUGUUUUCUGUGGAAAUCUUAAGGAGAAGGAAAAACAACUUCUUGCUUCCUGUAAGGAUACAAACAGCAAACUCAUACUCAUUGAUCUUUUAGACACUGAGAGAAAUGAGAGCAGAGUUGUUGGUUUUGUUGAUGAGAACCUUGAAAAGUACAUGGGGCUUCCCGAAGAAUCUGUGAUUCAGGGCAGAGGUCUGAGUGAGGACGCACUGGCUAGUAAGCUAUGUGAUACUCUAAAAAAUCUGCUACCAGACAGACUGAAACUUAUUACGCUUGAGGAAGCAGCACAAUUAGCGGCGGAGGUAGGCCUAAAUGUGGAUGAAGGACCCAUUUGUCAAAAAGCCAUGGCCUCAGUGGAGGAAGUGUUGAAGGGUUUAGAUGAGGGAUCUGAUGAAUAUAGGCGUAAACAGCUUCCUCUGCAGGGGCCUUUGUGGAGCAAACUAGCAGAGCUAGAAAAAGCAGAGAGUAAGCAGAGAAAAGAAAGAACAGAAAUUGACCCCCAGCUGCAAAAAGAAAAGAAUGACAUUAUGGCUGAGUUGAGGAGCUACAAAAUGACCCCAGCUAUGAAGAUCUUUACUGAUGCUCUCUUUACCAAAGAUAAAGUGAAGAGAGCUUACUUUCUUAGCUGGCUCACUCUAAGACUUAAGAAAACUACAAAACAAAACAAGAUGCAAGAUCUGCUCACAAAUCUACAGACAACCACAGAACCACUGUCACAACAGACAGACCAUCAACAUGACGCAAUCAUGGCGCAGGAGACAUCUAUCACUUUACAAGAAAAAGAAAAUGUAUUAAAUUCGGUCUCUGAAGACCAAAGCUGUCUUUUAGAGUCAGGAGAAAAUAGCACGUUGAGCUUCAAAGAGAAAAAAACAAAUGAAUCAGAGCUAACACUCACUACAGACGAUUCAACUUCUGGCAUGCAACCAAUGAGCCUUGAUGAUUGUGCUGAUCCCUCUUAUGAACCUGAUACAUGCGCAUUAGGUCCUGAGCACUUUCUGCGUGAGAUAGGUCUAAUCUUUGAGUUAGCACACAUCAGCCCCAGCAGCGGAAGCCAAAAUGUGUUACGUCUCCCUAGCUUAGCUACAGAUCUUCUUCUUUAUGGGAUUCCACUUGAACUAAUGGAUGGAGAUGCCUCAAAUAUCCCCAUCCAGUGGCUGGGCUGUGUCUUUGGAGAGCUCAAACGUCGCCUACCACAAGAACAGUGUAGGACAAGAGUGCUGACAAAUCUUGGCGACUAUAAUGCAAGGAAUGCAGAGAUUCUUUCUGCAUUAUUUGGAGUGAAAUUCCCUGAAUGGAAGAAACAAACCUCAAGAGGGGUGUACAUGGUUGCCCUGUGUCUUCCUGAAAACCUCAGAAAGGACAUGAAGUGUGAUGUUUUGUUGUUAAUUGAGGUCAAAGGUCUCUGCUCAGUCUCACUGGACAGCAAAAGAAAUAUACUGGGCGAUGACAAUGAAAUGGCUACCUUUGCAACAGGACUGAGUGACUUUUUAAUGCACAGCAUGUCUUCACACCCUGGUUCUGAUUUUGAAACAAACCUCAGUGUCAGAGUCAAUGCUCUCCUGCGAAUCAAAGAAUAUGGCUCCAUGCCCUUUUGCCAAUUCUUUGUCCAGAACGAAAACGUAAAUAGCAAAUUACAUGCGUCACAAUUAAGGUACGUUUCUCAGGUGCUUUUGCAAACUAGCAAUAUUGAUAAAGAUGGAAAGACCACAAGCUGCACAGUCUCUGUCAAAGGACCAUGGAACAAAAUGUCCCUCUCUGAACCAGUUGAUACAGAUUAUAGUGGGGAUGUUUUAAAGUUUAAAGAAAUCCUUUUUGAAGCAUUGAAGAGGAGUGCCGCUAAGGCAGAAGCCCCAGUUUUGCCUGAAUUUAUGAGGCGUUUGUGUUCUGUUUGGGAUGCGAUCAAAGAGGAAUCAUUCUCCAUUGGUCUCCAAAACACUGACAUAGCUUUGGCAUUUUCUUUGUUGUGCACAGAAUUUUUCUACUGGGAAAACAAUUUACUGGAUAACAUGAAAAGUUGGCUAAUGGGUGCAACAAAAAAAAUCUUUACCACAAAGGGAGAAGCUUUGGAUGCAUCUAUUCAAAAUGAUCUUCUCAGUGAAUUAAAGAAGGAAGCCAGUGAGGAAGUCAAAGCAGAGGUGAACAAACUCACGUCAAUAGCAGAGACAUAUGUGAUGAAAGAGGAAACUCUCAAAAUGAGAUCUGACAAAUUCAUACCAAUCCUAAUGAGCAAUAUUGACAACCUACAGGACAGAGUAACUGAAGAGAUAACGGAAAGGUUGGAGGCAGUCUAUGAGAGCCAUUACUCUUCCACACAGCUUAAAAAAUUUGAAGCAUUACUGGAAGAAGAGCAAGAAUCCGAAGUAGAUGCACUAGUAGAAAAAAGCAAGACAACAAAAAUUCUUCUGCAAGAUGCAGAGAUAGAGGAUGAAUUUGAGGCUGUGUGGGGUAAGAUAUUGUCCAACUUUGAAUUCAGGCCUUCAGAAACAGAAGAUAUAGCUCCAAGAGUAGAAGAUAUUCUGAGGCAGAAUCUAAUCAGCCGUGGCCUCCAGAAACACAUGAAAAAGCUUGAAAUGAUUGGCCAGAACCAGAACUCUGACUUCCAAGUUUGUGAUGAGCAUUUUGGAUACCGCAGCAGAUUAAAGCAAAUGUUUGAAGACAACAACAAACAACACAAGGUAGAAGCUCAGCAGGUAGCAAACAAUAUCAUAGAGGAAUGCAAACAGUAUAUAGCAGAUAAGUGUAACAAACCAGCAGAUUUCUCUGACGGUUACAUUACAGAGCUGUUACAAAAUAUUGAAAAAUCUUUAAAUGAAAAAUCUAUGGAAACUAGAUCAGCUUUUGAAGUGGAUCUGAAAGUGUAUCUCUGUAAUGCUUCUUGCCAAGACUUUCAAAACCUGCAUAACCGCUAUGCCAAAGACGCAGAACUCUUGACAUGCAUCACCGAAAAAAAAAGUAUGUACUUGGCAGAGUUUAUCUACAACUUCAGGAAAAGAGACCAGUGUCAAAGGGUGGCCCAAGCAUUCAUCUCCAUGGUCAUCAAGCCCACAGUCUUGGAUUACAUCAACAGACCCCUGGGGAUAUCUCUUGCAGAGGAGAUCCAAGGGAAAGCUCAGCAGUAUCACUCCUCACAGGCCUUCCACCAAAGCUUGCUGGAAGAGAUGAUUAAAGAAGAUCAAUUUGAAGUCUUCCUGGAAUAUCUGCUCUUCUAUGACAACUUCAGACUCAGGAAGAUCCAGGAAACAGUGACAGCUCACCUCACUGAAUCAAGCAACCUGGGACAAUGGAGGCAUCAGAGACUCUGUGAGAUUGUAGGAAAAAUUGAAGAAGCAGUGAACGAAUCCACAGAAGGUAUCAGUGGAGUCCUGAAUGAUACAAAGCCACUGCUGGAGAGAGUGUGUCUCACUUUAGAGAAGGGGGAUGUUAAUGUGAUCAGGACCUGUCUGACUGGACCUCUGUUUAGCAUCACUGUAGAAUGGAACCGUUUUGCUAAAUGUUUACUGGAGUCAGUGGCUGCAAUGCAGAUGGACCUUGAUCAAGAGUUCUCCAAAAAUGUGGAUACCACCCAAUUUCUUAACUGCCUUCCAGUUCAGCCCCAAGACUACCUCUUCAAAAAAGUGAAAGGCUGUGACAAGCGAUGUCCUCUCUGCAGAGCCCCAUGUGAGGAGGAGGAUAUGGGGCAUGAGGUUCACAAUGCCUUGCUCCAUCGACCUAAAGGCAUGCAGCCUUAUGCCUCUAGUUCUGUAUCCUGCAUCAGUUGCCCUGAAAGCAUGAGCGAGGACAAGGACACACAUGAUACAUCCACAACAAGCAAUGUUCUCCAUUCACUCUACCCAGACUGGAGCUUCUCUCCUGACAACCCAAACAGCACAAAGGCCAGUGAUUACUGGAGGUAUGUGCUGGUGAAGUUCAAUGAGAGGUUUGCACAGGAGUUUAAACGGGAACCGACAAAGAUUCCUGAGGAAUGGAGGAGAAUCACUCAGGAGCAGGCCUUAAACAGUCUGAAGGAGGUGUUCCUCACCAGAACAAGUGUUUAA